GUGGAAUACAAGGUCUUCCUUUACAAGAAGAUAAAAGUGUUCUGUCAACCUGGAAUACCAGUUCUGUCUUUGGAAGAGGAUAAAAGUGUUCUGUCAACCUGGAAUACCAGUUCUGUCUUUGGAAGAGGAUAAAAGUGUUCUCUCAACCUGGAAUACCAGCUCUGUCUUUACAAAAGGAUAACAAUGUUCUGUCACCGUGGAAUACAAGACUUAACUUUACAAGAGGAUAACAGAGUUCUUUAACCUUCAAUCCUUGAACACCAGCCCUCCAGCCCUGCCUUUACAAGAGGAAACAAGUGUUCCGCCAACCUAGAAUACCAGUACUGCCUUUACAAUUAGAAUGGUGGACUUACAAAGGUCGUGUAACAAACGAAUGAUUUCAGUAGUGGCAGUGAUAUUCCUGGUCAAUAUUGUACUAUACGCUGUCAAAUUUGUAUCAAUAACACCUCUCGAUGGUGGUACCUCUGAAAACAUACAAGAAUAUGAGGAAAAUAGAGAUCUUGGAGCAAUAUUUGCUGCAAGGCAACAUCAUCUUAGAGAUGUAUGUCUAAUGAAAGGACAUUUCCCGCCCCUUUCGGUGGCUGAAAGUACAUUUAAUGGGGGAACAAUCGUUGAAACUACACAUAACAUACUCUACUGUCCAGUUGAGAAGGUUGGUUCAACAUUUUGGAAAAAGACUUUAACAGCCAUGAGCCGUCAAGGCAGACUUAACUCCCCUUUUCAAGUGAAGCUGAGUAAGAAUAAUAAACUUGAGCUAUACCAAAAUUUUCCAAAAUCUAGUAAUGGGACCACAUAUCAGAAAACUGCUACAUCACUUAUUGUUGUUCGUGACCCAUAUACAAAACUGUUCUCCGCCUACGUAGAUAAACUCUACCAUCCAAACUACCUAUUUUGGAAGAUCACAGGUGAACAGAUCGCGAAAAUGACAAAAAAUAAAAUUAGUAUCGUAUGUGGAAAUGACAUAUCAUUUUCUUCUUUUAUAAAAUAUAUCAUUUCUAGAACACAGGGAGAAGGAAUGAACCUUAACCCUCAUUUUACUCCUUUAUACAUGCAUUGUCACCCUUGCAAAGCAAAGUAUGACUUCAUAAUGAAAUUUGAAAACUUCAAGGAAGACCUUUACUAUAUUAUAGAUAACUGGAAUGCCAGAUUUAACCUCAACAUAACAUUUCAAGAUUUUGAAAGGCAAACAGCAAUAGACGUUGCAUCAAAACAUAUAAACAUCAGUUUCUCCACAAUUAAAAUGUUUUCAAAAGUCUGCAAUGUUCCCGUACAUAAUUUUUUAUUACGCACAUGGCGAUUUCUCCAAAUAACUGGACUUCUGCCAAAAGAAAUUGAUAUGCCAUUUCCGAAUAAUGAAAGUUCCUCUCGUAUAACAAAAGAAAUGUACUUAAACGUAAUCAAAGAUGUGUUAUCACGUGAUAUUGACUGGGCUCGAGUGAAGAAACAACGGCACGAAGCUCUCGUGCAGGCAUACCAGAGCAUCGAUAAGACAGACAUUGAGAAACUAAGAAAAAUAGUGAGACCCGAUUGUCAAUACUUUGACUAUAAUGAAACUCCUCAUUACUUGUUUGAAAAAAGUAGUGAAAAAUUUAACUAUUUUGAUGGAAUAAGUAUGUUCUAACAGCUAAACUAAUUAUGCACUAUGCUAUCAAGUUAUACAAACGAUGUAUUCACUUAAACCUCGAAUGUGUUUCGGAACAAUUAUUUUCAUCAAACUGUGCUGUGACAAAAGUUGUUGUGAUAUACAGUUUUUUUUAGAAAUGAAGCCUUUUCUGUUACUGAUGUAGGUGUUUUUAUGUAUUUUCAAUACAAGUUAUGUGGUUUUCAGUUUUGAAGGAGAGACCUCAGUGUCCCUCCAGGCAUUAGUUCAGAAAAAAGGAACAGAACUCUGGUACAAGACAGCUGGAUGGCCUUAUAACAUGGUAACUUGAGCAGGCACUGACCACCAGAGGUGAAGAUGUCAGUGAUAUUAACCACUGAUCCAUUAAAGCCAUUGAUGUUAUCAGUAGUUAUUUGUUUGAUAUAUACACAAUGUAUGUGAUGAUGAUCAAAUGUCAGUGAUAAUUAUGAUGUCAAAGUUGAUGAUGAUAGUGAUGAAGACAAAGGUGAUAAUAAUGGUCAUCAAGGAAAUGAUGGUGAUAAAUGUGAUGAUGACAAGUGUGAUACUGAUAGUAGUGAUGCUGCUGCUGAUAUGAUGCUGAUGACAAAGGUUAUGACAAAUGUUAUGACAAUGAUGAUGAUGAUGAUGAUGAUGAUGGUAUGGCAGGAACUUGAUAACACGGUAUCAACAGAAAGUUUAGCAAAACAUUCAAAUAGUUUUCAGUCUAGCGUAAAUUUUAACCAACUCAUAUCAAGCAUUAGAAAAAUAGAAACAUUAGAAACAUGGAACAAAUGUUGCUGUAGAAACAUUUGUCAAAUUAAACAAAUGCAGUUGGAGAAUUAUCAGAAGCAAGAAACAAAUGCUGUUGAUGUAAUACAUGUAUAAUUAUGUGCAUUAUGUAUAUAUCAAUUUGAUGUUCAUAGACAUUUUAUGUUAGUAUAAGGCCAUACCAAAUUGAUAUGUCGUUCGUCGGAACCACCGCAUCAAUAAUUUCUUUCCCGAGAAAAAAAAAAAAAUAAAAAUCACCCGCCCGCACGUACAUAAAAAUCUCAGAAAAAAAAUUUUUUUUCCGAUUACGCGGUCCGGAAUAAUAACGGCAAAACAUGUUUUAUCGCCGUUUUAAUGCGUCAAAGUGAUAUUGAUCGGAUUUCAUGCGUCCGUAAUACAUGUAGCUGAUGACCCAAACUCAAAAAGUCAGGAAUUAUGGUGUUGUUCAACAUUUGUUUUUAAUCUGGAGUGUCUGUGCUAUGGCCACACAUGGCCAUCGAUGUGCCGGUAGGUAAUGGAGUAGCCACGUUCUACUUUUGUUCGGUACAGUAAAAAGAACGAAGCCCGACUUGUUAGACGUGCACGGGGAUGCAGUUAAAAAUAUUUGGAAUAUAUUGGAUUAAACAUAGAAAAUAUUGUUCAGAUAUAAAGUUUUCAAACCAUUUGUUAUCAGUUGUUUAGUUCAGUAUGUUAGAUCUAGACCCCAACGCCGAGGCCGACUCCUAUCUUAAAAAAAAUGUUUGUUCACAGAUCCUGUCUCGGCCCAAUUCUUUUUAAACGUAACAUUUUUAGUACAGCAGUCAGAUAUUCUAUCAAAAUGCAUUUAGUCAAUUCAAAAAUUGUUUAGCUUUUCAAAUAGUGUAGAUAUGAAAAAUAUUUCUAACAAAAUAUGUCCUUUUGUAACCCCAAUUUUGCCUGUUUGUAUAUUAAUUGGCUGUGAAUUGAUUAAACGGAAGAAACUGGAAAAAAAACAGACCUAACACAAAAAGCAUCUGUAUGCCCAACUCUGUUUGGUCUCACUGGUCAAGUGGUUUAUUACUUCCCCUCACCUCUAUGGGUUGGAGUUCCACUAGAGGCACAAAGUUAUUCAUGUAUCGAAGCCAUCUAACUGUGUUUCAGAAGAAAUGUUAUUCCACACAUGUGCCUGUUUUGUCUUAAAUAUUCCUCAUCCUGUGCCGUUAAAUAGACACGUCUUCAGAUUAAUGUAGAAAAAUCAAAAUUAAAAAUAAGACACUCAUCCCUCGGUAAUUAUAAUUACAAAAUAAAAAAACAAAGUGAUUCAGUGAGUUUUGGCAAGAAUUUAUUUGCAAAAUCAUUCAUGUAGUCUCUAAAACAUAUAGAAAAGCUAUAUACUGUGUUACCCACACUGUAAAUGUUUGAUUUCUGUGUUAUUUCUAAAGAAAUGUUAACUUUAUGUAUAAUCAUAACCGCCUGCCCAAGGGUCCAAGCUGGGGGAAAAAAAAAAAAAAAAAAACGCCCGCUCGCUCCAUGUAAAAUCUACCCGCCUCUGAAAAAAAUCAAAAUUGAGAAAAAAAAAAAAUAAAAUAAAAAUUUCGCUCGCUCGCUCCUAUUUUUUUUGAAAAUUUUCCGAAGAACUAUUAAUCAAUUUGGUAUGGCCUAAAGUAUGAUUUAAUAUCUACAAUACAAGCCAUUCUACUUAGUAAGGUCUACAUAUAAACCAAUCUGAUGAAACUUUGAGGAGAACAUUAAAAUGAACUGUACUAUGACAAAUAAGUAUUUUUUCCGUUUACUGCCAGUUUAAAGUAUCCAGUUCA